AGCCAAAGGGCCUUUUAGUUUUACAGUGAAAUUGCAGACACUCAUGGUGUAAGUAGAAGCACUGUAUGCAGAGUGAUUGGCCAAGUAGUCAAUAGUAUAAAUGCGAAUAUUGACAAUAUAAGUGGCACUAUCAGAAAACGAAGAGGUGUACAUGUGCCGAAAAGGGUUUUAUGCCCUUAAUUGUCAGGCGGUCUCCUCACCAGACUUGAAAUUCCUGGAUGUUGUUGCUCGUUGGCCGGGUUCUACCCAUGAUGCAGCAAUAUUUGAGAAUUCCCGGUUGAAGGACUACCUUGAUAACCAUGAUGGGAUGAUACUUCUUGGGGACAGUGGUUAUGCUCUCAAGAGGUAUCUGCUGACACCCAUACCCGCCCCCCGUAAUGAGCAAGAACACCUGUAUAAUAGACAGCAUCGCCAAGGUCGAUUGUGCAUAGAGAGAACCUUUCAUCUACUCAAGUCAAUUUCAGAUGCCUUCACAAGACCGGUGAUGUUUUACCAUUCAAGCCACAAAAAUGUGCAAGCAUAUUCAUGGCUCGUUGUCGCUUGCACAACCUCUGCGUGCAAAACGGUCUUCCAGAACUACCAGAACUUUAUUUGGAGGAGGACCAUGAUCUCGAAGUGGGCGCACCUGACAACAACCUCGGUGGUCAGGCUGUGCGCAAUCAAUUUGUACAAAUACGUUGAUUGAUUGGAUACGAUGGUUCAUAUAUGAGAAAAAUCCAGGAUAAGGUCACUUACAGCUUGCUGGAUGGCCUGGAUAUCUCCGCAUAUGAACCAUGUCUCAUGUAUAAAUAUUUGUCAUUGUGUGUGUUAUUGUGUGGAUUGAUUGGAUAUGAUGGUUCAUAUGUGAGAGAUAUCCAGGCGUAGGUCACUUACAGCUUGCUGUAUGGCCUGGAUAUCUCCCACAUAUGAACCAUGUCUCAAUUAUAAAUAUUUUUCAUUUUUGAUUUUUAUUGUGUGGAUUGAUUGGAUAUUAUGGUUCAUAUGUGAAAGAUAUCCAGGCAUAGGUCACAUACAGCUUGCUAUAUGGCCUGGAUAUCUCUCACAUAUGGACCAUGGCUCAUUUAAUAAAUUUGUUAUUUGGUACCUAUUUUCUCUGAACUACAUAUAAUGUGUACAUUUCUUUUAGACUGUGGUUUGUAUGUGAGAGUUAUCCAGGCAUAGGUCACUUACAUCUUGCUGUAUGGCUUGGAUACCUCCCACAUAUGAACCAUGCCUAAUUUACAAAUAUUGGCAUAGUGUGUGUAUUAAUUUGUGGAUUGAUUAGACACUGGUUCAUAUGUGAGAGAUAUCUAGGCAUAGGUUACUUACAGCUUGCUGUAUGGCCUGUAUAUCUCUCAUGGGAUCCUAGACAUGAAACUGGUUAUAAAUUGACUGUCGGAUCAUUGGCCUCUUCUUCAUCAUAUAUUGCCAUGAUGCGCUGACAUAGUGUCCCGUGCAAAUACAUGCAUGAAAGUUUAACCACAUAAAUAACUGUAUAAAUACUGCCUUUCUAGUAUAUGCGUAUGUAUAUAUUCUUUAUUUAUCUGAAAACCACGUGUAAUUAAAGCUUCUAUUAAAAAAAAUCUAUAUGGCCAAUGAAUUAUGGGAGGGGGUAAUUGUUUUUUAGGACAAGGUCAAGUGAUUUUAGUCAUUAUGAUAAUUAGAAACCAUAUCUGUGAAGAACAUAAAUUUGAUUUUUAAAAGUUUGUAAUAUUUACUAAAAAAAUUGUUAUGUCUGUGUUUAAUAUGGUAAUGUUAUGUAAUGAACUUAACAAAUUAUUUCAUAUAACAUGAGACAAAAAAUAAUGCACUUUAUAUCACAUUAAAAAAAGAACUAUGCUA